CCCAACACCCACCAACUGCGGAGAGAAACACAAAAACUUCGAAUAUCGCAUCCAAAUCCGCCCAAUCUUUACCACCUCACCGCUCCGCUGUCCAUUCACGUUUCGGACACAGCAAAGCAGUGCAAAGGGCACAGAUAGGAUCAUGGCUCCUAUUUCUUUGUCAGACAUCGUGUCUGCACUCCCUUCCGAGGACGCGUGGGGCCCCGCGACGCCCUCUGAGAACAGCCUCGAUGGCGUCCCAUACGCUCCCUUCUCGAAGGGUGACAAACUAGGCCGCAUGGCCGACUGGACUUCUGAAGGAAAGGACCGCGAGAGAGGCGGUCGCCAGGCAUACAACAGAAACUACAGAGACCAGCAAGUGUACGGUGCUGGUACUUCCAGUCUUUUCGCUGGCAUUCAGGUCGCCGAAGACGAGUCCUCCUUCUCCGUUGUCGACAACACCCGUACUUCGACGAAGACCCGUGCCUUUGGCCGUGGUGGCGGUACCAUCUUCCGCGGCCGUGGCCAGCGCGGUGCCAUUGGCCAGCGUGGUGGACGAGGAGCUUUCCAGAGGGCUGGUGCUGGCAGAGGGGGUGGUGACCGUUAUUACGACCAGCGCGGUGGACGCGGUGGCCGCGGACGUCGUUUCGGAUGGAAGGACUACGACAAGCCUCAGCGCAACCGUGACAGCUCGGUCAACAUCCGACCAGAGUGGCAGGUGGUUGAGGAGGUCGACUUCAGCCGUCUCUCCAAGCUCAACCUGGAGACGCCAGAUGGUGAGGACCUUGACAACUAUGGCUUCCUUUACUACUACGACCGCUCCUACGACAAGAUGCCCGUCAAGGGCCACGAGCGCAAGCUGCAAUCCCUCGACCGCGCGGCCUACAAUGUCACCACUUCCCAGGAUCCUGUUAUCCAGGAGUUGGCUGAGAAGAACGAGGCUACUGUGUUCGCCACCUCCGAUAUCCUAUCGAUGCUCAUGUGCUCCCCCCGCAGUGUGUACUCGUGGGAUAUUGUCAUUGUCCGCCAGGGCAACAAGAUCUAUUUCGACAAGCGUGAGGGCGCUUCUAUUGAUCUGGUGACCGUGAAUGAGAACGCCGCAGACGCUCCUCUUGAAGCAUCCGAGACCGCUGGCAAGCAGGAGACGAUCAACACCCCUGGAUCUCUGGCCCUGGAGGCGACCGUUAUCAACCAUAACUUUGCCCUGCAGACAGUGAUCGAGUCAGAUGCCGCCAAGGUGGAAUUCAGCCACCCCAACCCGUUCUACAACGCUGCUGAAGAGACCGAGCCCCUGGCGUCCAAGGCUUACAAGUACCGCCGUUUCGACCUUUCCCUCGAGAGGGACGAGGAACCGCUCAACCUGAUUGUCCGGACCGAAAUCGAUGCGGUCAUGAAGAACACCGCCAGUGGGGAGGAUCAGCAGUUGAUCAUCAAGGCGCUCAACGAGUUCGACAGCAAGGCCCAAGGCUCUGGUGGCUCUCUCGACUGGCGCACCAAGUUGGCCUCUCAGCGUGGUGCUGUCGUGGCCACUGAGAUGAAGAACAACAGCUGCAAGCUCGCCCGCUGGACAACGCAGGCUAUCCUUGCCAAGGCAGACAUGAUGAAGCUUGGAUUCGUGUCCCGUGUCAACCCGCGCUCUGCUGCUGCUCACAUCAUCCUGGGCGUUGUUGGUUACAAGCCUCGCGAUUUCGCUGUCCAGAUGAACCUGAACUUGUCCAACGGAUGGGGUAUCGUCCGGACCAUUGUCGACCUCGUCCGCAGCCUGGAUGACGAGGAGGAGGAAGAGAGUGCCGAUAAGAUCAAGAAGUACGUCCUGGUCAAGGACCCCAACAAGCCCGUCAUUCGGCUGUACAGCGUCCCUCCCAACACUUUCGAGGAGGAUGCUGAAGAGGCUGCGGCCGAGAGCAAGCUCGAGGAGACCGAAGGGGAUGAGGAGUAAAUUGAAAUGUCUUUCCAAAGGCUACAAAUGGAUGGGCAGCAUAGACAUAAUGUGACAUGACGUGACAUGUGCGUGGUCGAUGAUAAAACAAUCCUCAAAAAGUUGGAGCAACCUGGAGCAACCGAUAUGUCAUGAUCGAAUGUUAGAUGGGUUUCUUCAUAUCUGCCUAUUUUUCUGAAUCCGUUCUUAUUGUAGCAUCUUUUUACCAAGAUAAAAUAUGUUCAUCUUCUAUUCUACUUCAUCCGGCUUGUAACCUGUGCGGGAAUCGAAUCGUAGUCGAAUAGUCGCCAGACAGACAGUCAGUCAUA